AUGAGCUCGCGCCUCACGACUCGCAGCCUCUGCGUCGGGCGUUUCGCCCGGCGGCGCUGCCGCAGCAGCACCGUCGCCCGACCGCCACGCCAGCCCGAGAAGGAGCCGCAGUCUCUGCUCAAGCAGGGCGGAGCUGAGUGGUUGCUCGGGCCGUCGGGUGCGCCCGUGCUCGCCUCGAACCCUCACGGCAGCUUUGUGCAGUGGCUGUCUUCCAGCGCGCAAGAGGCGAAGCACAUGGUGCUGCCACGCGGAUAUCCCGAGUCGGCCGCGCCCGGCUACGGCGGCUACACCGGCUGGCUUGCCGCGGGCCUCUUUGCGCACUCGUUCACGGUGAUGGUCUCGACCAACGCGCUGCUCUCAGGAUUCUUCGCCGAGAUGUCGGCGGCGAGCUGGCUGAUGAAGGACCUGCUGCCGCCGCUCGUGGCGGGCACACUCGCGAGCCGCAUCCACUCCCUCGAGGCUUCGCCGCACCUCGCGAACCCGAAGAAGUGGCUGUCGGCCGCCUGCUUUGCGAACUCGGUGCUCGGCUGCGCCGAGUUCCUCAUCCCGCACCUGCUGCCCAAGGCGUCCUGGAUGGGGCUCGCCAUCCUCACCAACGUCGGAAAGAUGACUGGCUACCUGAUCAUCGGCGCCUCGCGCGCCGUCCUCCAAAAGACGCUGGCGACGGGCGCCGCCGCCGGCUUCUACGCCCCGGUGAGAGCAUCGCAGUGCGUGGUGAUGACGUCGGUCACGGCGGUCUCCUUGCGCCGCGUCGUGGCGCGUUGGGCCGAGCCGCGGGCCGGCGCUCCGUGCGGCGAGGGAGGCGCGGCGCCGCCGCCGGGCACUGCAGCCGCAGCGUCGGUCGAUGCAGCCGCAGGGUGGGGGGAGUGCCCCUCUCCGGAGGCGCUGCACGCGGAGCUGGCGGCGCGCUGGAGUGUGCGGCACAGCCUCGCCGCUCGCGCGAGCGCGUGGCGUGAGCUCUUCUCUUCGGACGCCGGGCAGCUGCGCGUCGCCGACGGGGCUCGCGAGGGCGGCGGCGAGAGCCCGCCGUGGACUCUCUGCGCGUCCGGCGGCGGGAGGCUGCUGCUGCUCUACGACACACACGCGGCGCCCGCCGACGUCAUCGACGGAUUCGCGGAGGCGAUGCGGGGCCUCGCCGCCGCCAGCGCCGCGUCGCUCGGGCAGUGGCGGCGCGACGCGGCGUCGCUGCGCGCUUCGAUGGAGGCGGCGGGCUGGCAGUGCUCCGCUUGCUCGGUGGACGACCCGUCGCGCCGCGUGACGUGGCCGCCGCAGGGGCUGGAGUAG